CUGCAGGUAGACUGAGCCAACUACAAGCUUGUCGCCAAGAAGUAGACGUGUCCCACUUUCCUCUUCAUCGCCUAAUUUGGAAGUGACAGAUGGAGGCAGACAUCACUGGCAACAUGGAAGAGAUGGCAUUAAACCCAUUUGAGCCUUACAUCGAGUCCAUACGCCGGCAACUGGAAGAGCAGGACCCGGUGUUUGUCAUUGGACUUCUCGUCGCUUUGGCGGUAGUUAUCAUCACCUGUGUCUUUCUCAGGUACUUUCUCACAAGCAAAACUGUCCAUAGUGCGGUGUUGCUGGUCGGGUUGUGUGACGCGGGCAAAACGCUGCUUUUCAGCCGGCUUCUGUCUGGAAAGUUUAAACAGACACAGACUUCCAUUACUGACAGUAGUGCUCAAUAUAAAGCGAAAAAUGACAGGGGAGCUCUCUGGACUCUGAUAGACCUGCCAGGUCAUGAUAGUCUGCGCCCACAGUAUUUAGAGAAGUUCAAGUCAGCAGCCAGAGCCAUUGUCUUCGUGGUCGACAGCGCCAUCUUUCAGAAGGAAGUGAGGGACGUGGCAGAGUUCCUGUAUGUCUUGCUGACAGACACCGUGAUAUGUAGGAACACCCCGACUCUCUUGGUGGCAUGCAACAAACAAGACGUCACCAUGGCAAAAUCUGCCAAACUGAUUCAGCAACAGCUGGAAAAGGAAAUGAACACACUGCGGGUGACUCGCUCUGCAGCACUCAGCUCCCAGGAUGGCUCUGCGGGUGGAAGCCUUUAUCUUGGGAAGAAAGGCAAGGACUUUCAGUUCAGCCAGCUGCCAAUGAAGGUGGAAUUCCUGGAGUGCAGUGGUCGUGGUAGCAAAGGUGAAGAGGGAGACGCUGACAUCCAGAACUUGGAGAGCAGCCUGGCUCAACUGUAAACAUCUGUAAACUUAAAAUGUGGACAUCAAGUCAGUAUCAACUAUCAUGUCAUCAAAGACUCUUGGGAAACUUGAAACAUGCAAUCAAAGUCAAAAUAUGACUAAAAGUUGAAUUAGCUAGAAGUAAUGAGUGAUUGCUCGCUUUGCAGUGCAAAUAUAAACACACUUCAAGUACUUCAAGAUGAAAAUAAGGCUCAAUUGAAUCAUGUCUGUACCUCAGCAUGAUUGGAAAAGUUUGCAAUUUCUUCAGUCACCUGGACAAGAAGCUUUGUGCCUUUUUAUAGCCCAACAAUUGAAUGUGUGUUGUUGUUGUUGAACAUAUUUGUAAUUAUAAAGCAAUUUACUUCUGCAAAAGAAAGAUUUUCUU